AUUCUCCCGCUGAAUACACUAUGUUCUCGGUGGCUAGUAUUUGCCCACCAUCAAAAGUGGUAAAUACUCUUGUUUAUAACAAUACCGCACACCGCAACUUGUCGGGAAUCGCUCCACAUGAAACACGGCAAAUUAUUGAACAGGUGCUUCUCUUCGUCGUUCUCGGCAUAAUCAUUCUCGGGACCAUCCUCGGCAACCUCUUGGUAAUUAUCUCAAUCUCCUACUUCACCAGACUGCAGACUCCAACGAACGCCUUCCUACUGUCCCUGGCCGCAGCAGAUUUCCUCGUCGGGACUAUUGUGAUGCCUUUCAGCAUGAUCAAGGUCCUGUUCGGGUGGCACUUCGGAAAGAUCUUUUGUAAAAUCCACACGGUGCUGGAUGUGAUGCUUUGCACAUCAUCCAUCCUGAAUCUGAGUUGCAUUGCCUUCGAUCGGUAUUAUGCAGUGUGUUACCCCCUGAGGUAUCGCUUCAGGAUGUCUCGGAAGAGAGUGACCGCCCUCCUCCUCGUCUGCUGGGUUCUACCCGGCUUGGUGUCGCUUGUGCCGUUACUACUGGACUUGCAUUUACGGGGUUUAGACCUCGCCGCUCUGCAACUCCAUCCAAACGAUUGUGUGUUCGUGGUCAAUGUCCCCUACGCUAUCUCCGCCUCGGUCGUCUCCUUCUACGCUCCCAUGUUGCUGAUGUUGGCGGCAUACGCCAAGAUCUUCCAUGUUGCCAGGACCCAAGCCAGACAGACACACACUAUUGAAAAUGGGCCCCAAGGAGCCGGCGCCACCAGAUUUCGCCACAGUACUUCCACGAAGAAAGAAAGGAAAGCUGCGAAAACUCUCGGUAUCAUCAAUGGCUGCUUUCUCCUCUGCUGGCUUCCCUUCUUCACUACAAACAUUGCCAACUCUUUACUUGGUUACCAGGUGCACCCUGUUCUUGUGGAAGUUGUUUUGUGGCUGGGCUACCUUAAUUCUGCCCUCAACCCUCUGUUAUAUGCUUUCUUUAAUAAGUCUUUCAGGCGAGCUUUCGGGUUGGUGAUUGGCUGUAAGGUGUUCACCAACGAUUGCCAAAAUAACAAUUUCCCCCAUAACGCCAAGGAGAGUAUCCAGGCCUUGAACUUGACAAGUAUGCUUGACUUGUCCACACUGGUGAGCCAGACUUCUAAUUCAUUAGUGGUCUUCUAG